ACGCCGAGGGAGCUCACCAACUGCCCGACAUUCACCUUUUAAACCCUCUUUUGCAACGCAAUCUGCAACAACCCCCAGCAGCGGGACUAGAAGCAAACGCACGCACGCUUGCCUCUUUGCGCACGCUGACCUCUUGCAAACGGUUGCAGGCGGCACGCUGGUGACCGCCCCAAAUGGUCGAGUUUUGCCCCCUUUUUUGGGCUCUCGCGCGCUAUCUCACUCCUGUUGGUUAUUCUGCUUUCCAAAAGAAUCUGCUAGGAAUCUCAGCGAAGGGGGCGAGCAAAAACUGGUGUCAGGAGGGUUAAUCAAUCAAUCAGCGGAGGAUCUGCAGGUCUGGGAGGAGGCAUUGGAGGCCGGGCUCAGAGGAAAGCGCAGAGAGGGGUGUGUAUAUAAGACUUGGGGAGGUUCAUACUGCACCUUCCCCAUCUCUCCGGCCGCCUCCUUCCAAACCAUCCCGAAUUCCUGCAGAGCUAGAGACAAGGCUGCUGCCUGGUGCACGACGACAGAAAAGAGGGUUAGGGAAGCCCCCCCCCUUUAGUUGCUAUUAUUUAAAGUCCCCCCUCCCGUUUGCGCGCCCUCUCUCUCUCUCUCGCUCCCUGGGCGAGCAUCAGAUGACAGCUCCACACCGAGGGAGGGCAAAGCAAGCUGCUUGGCCACCAGCAGACAGUAUCUGAUUCGGGGAUCCGCAGCAGGCAGCUCCUGUACAGCUAGAAAGGGAUCGUCGCUCCACAGGCGGAGAGCCGGCGUGGAGCGAGCGGCGAGUUCGGGACCCGCGAGCCUGCGGAGGGGGAGCCCCAACCCAGCAGCCCCAGGGGCGCAGCGGAGAGCGGCUUCGUCUCCCGUGCGCGCUCCCCUCUCCAAACCUGAGGAGGGAAUUGGCGCGGAAGAAGACCCGCCAGGGGAGAUCCUCCGCGGGAAGGAGGGCUUGAGCCCCACUAGGGACUGACAGGGGGACACCGCCACGAAGGCCGGAUCCGGCGGCGCCCGAGGAUGCUGUUGCUGCCGCUGUGGCUGCUGCUGCCGGAGCUGGCGCUCCUCGCGCCGGCUCAGAAGUUCUCUGCGCUCACGUUUUUAAGAGUGGAGCAAGACAAGGACAAAGAAUGCAGCCUGGAAUGCACGGGGUCCCCCCAAAAGUCGCUGUGCGCUUCUGAUGGAAGGACUUUCCUGUCCCGGUGUGAAUUCCAACGGGCAAAAUGCAAAGAUCCUCAACUAGAAAUCUCCCACAAGGGCAACUGCAAAGAUCUUUCAAGAUGUGUGGCAGAGAGGAAGUACACUCAGGAACAAGCACGCAAAGAGUUCCAGCAAGUGUUUAUUCCAGAAUGCAAUGAUGAUGGGACUUACAGCCAGGUCCAGUGCCACAGCUACACAGGCUACUGUUGGUGUGUCACUUCCAAUGGUCGUCCCAUCAGUGGUACAGCUGUAGCACAUAAAACUCCACGUUGCCCAGGUUCCCUAAAUGAGAAGUUGCCACAACGUGAAGGUACAGGAAAAACAGAUGAUGCUUCGGCUCCUGCACUGGAGACUCAGCCCCAAGGUGAUGAAGAAGAUAUAGCUUCUCGUUACCCUACAUUAUGGACCGAGCAAGUAAAGAGCCGGCAGAAUAAGACCAAUAAAAAUUCUGCAGCGGCAUCAUGUGACCAAGAACUUCAGUCAGCAUUAGAAGAAGCUAAACAACCUCAGAAAGACAAUGUGUUCAUUCCAGAGUGUGCCAGUGGUGGCCUUUACAAGCCCGUGCAAUGUCACCCUUCCACGGGUUACUGCUGGUGUGUUCUUGUCGAUACAGGACGCCCCAUACCUGGUACAUCAACUAGAUAUGAGCAACCCAAAUGUGAUAACAGUGCCAGAGCUCAUCCAAGCAAAACAAAAGAUUUGUUCAAAGGGCGCCAGCUUCAAGGUUGUCCGGGACCCAAGAAGAACGAGUUCUUGACAAGUGUUUUAGAUGCACUCUCCACAGACAUGGUACAUGCAGUCUCUGAUCCUUCCAGCAGGCUUUCAGAACCAGAUCCUAAUCACACUCUGGAAGAAAGAGUUGUCCACUGGUAUUUUAAACAACUGGAUAAGAAUGCUAGUGGUGAUAUCGGCAAAAAAGAAAUCAAGCCGUUUAAGAGAUUCCUGAGGAAAAAGUCCAAGCCCAAGAAAUGUGUGAAAAAGUUUGUGGAAUACUGUGACGUGAAUAAUGACAAAUCCUUAACGGUCCCAGAACUAAUGGGUUGCCUGGGGGUUACGAAAGAAGAUAACAAGGCGGACACAAAGAAACGUCAUACUCCAAAAAAUAAUGGUGAAAGUACUCCUUCCAACAGGCAGCAAACCUCAAAGAAACAAGGCUGAACACUUCAUGUCCAAGGCAGAUCUCUCAGAUGCAUGGGAGACUCCCUCACCAAAAGGCAAUUAAAAAAGAAAAAAGAAACCCAACAAAAGUAGUAUUUGCACUUUGUACUUUAAAUGUAAAUUCACUUUGUAGAAAUGAGAUAUUUAACAUACAUUUAAGAGAAUCUGUGAAAAUGUAGUAACAGCUUGUUUUUAAACAAUUAUCACAUACAAUGUAUGUGCCUUUUAUUGUCUGAUAUCUGUACGUGUUGGAGGUGUAAAAGUUUGCAUUUAAUCUUUUUUUGAAAGAAGAAUGUUCAGCUGGACAUUAACAUAGAAACUAGUCUUGUAGUAUUUUUCUGUUCAGUAAUUUUGCUUGUUUUCUACAUAACUGUUGGUUUUUUUAUGAAGUUAUACUGAAAACCUGCUCAUUUCAAAGUCUACUGUACUCAUAAUUAAUCUCUUGUUAAGGUUGCACGUUCCUUAGGCUUAAACCAAGAAUUGGAAAUUGUUGUUGACUUCUCGUGCACCUUAUUUAAGCAGAGGAACUUAUUCUCUGUUGGAGUUUAGAAUGUUAAAAAAAAUGGUGUUGACUUUCUCCAGAGCACAGUUGUACAACAAGAAUGCAGCCACUAGUUGAUUGGAAAGAAAUCUUUUGUAGAUUUUCCUCUGUAUCCCCCCCCCCUCUUUAGAGGACAUCAAUAUAAUAUAUAUUUGUCUUCCCUGUUCUUCCUGCUUUGGGGUAGGUUUAGUCAGCCAUUAAACCGGCAAGUAUGUGGUGUCACUCAAAACAAAAUCUGCCAAGCCCCACAAUAGACAUAAUAAGGCAAUAAAGGGGCACAAUUGUUCAGUAUUGUAAAUCUAAUUAUAAGGAGACAAAGAAGGUAGAACAGGCUUGUCAGUCUUUUCUUUUCCUUACACUUGGCUGAGCUGUGAUAUGCAACUUGCGGUGCCCCGGGAUCUACAAAAAGGUAAAACUAUCACUUGAACAAAUUAUGAACAGUUAUUUUAGGGAGGUGCAGUCAGCACAAACUGCCCCUUAGGGCAUCAUUCUUGCCAUCUGGGAGAUGUUCUUACAAGUUUUCAUACCUUUCCUAUCAUUUGGAGGGAGUUUUCUUUUUUCACCCCUUUCCUGGAAUGCCUGAAGGAAAGAGAACUUGCAGAUGUGAACUUGAUGGCAAAUCAUUUGAAAGAACAAAAAAUAACAAUAAAGAACUUUUGCUUCAGACCUCGGACAGCAAUAAAUUACGCACUAGGCAGCCAGAGACAACAGUGUGUAGGGUAGGGAGAGUAUGAGCAUAUAGAUAUCUUAGAGUUGGAAGGGUCAUCUAGUCCAACCCCCUGCAAUGCAAGAAUCUCAGCUAAAGCAUCCAUGACAGAUGGCCAUCCAAUCUCUGUUUAAAAACCUCCAAUGGAGGAGAGACCACCACCUCUUGUGGAAGUCUGUUCCACUGUCAGAACACACACACACCCCCAAAAAAAGUUUAGUCGGAAUCUCCUUUCUUGCAACUUGAAGCCAUUGGUUCGAGUCCUACCCUCCAGAGCAGGAGAAAACAAGCAUGCUCCCUCCUCCAUGUGACAGCCCUUAAGAUAUUUGAAGAUGAAGGUCAUAUCUCCUCUCAGUUUCUUCUUUUCCAGGCUAAACAUACACAGCUCCUUCAAGUGUUCCUCAUAAGGCUUAGUUUCCAGACCCUUGAUCAUCUUGGUUGCCCUCCUCUGCACACGUUCCAGCUUGUCAACAUCCAUCUUAAAUUGUGGUGCUGAAAAUUGGACACAGUGCUCCAAGUGUGGUCUGACUAAGGCAGAAUAGAGUGGUACUAUUACUUCCCAUGAUCUGGACACUAUACUUCUGUUGAUGCAGCCUAGAAUAGCAUUAGCAUUUUAUUGCUGCUACAUCACACUGUUGACUCAUGUUAAGCUUGUGGUCCACCAAGACCCCUAGAUCCUUUUCACAUGUACUGCUAGUUAGCCAGGUGUCCCCCAUCCUAUAUGUGUGCAUCUGGUUCUUCCUGCCUUAGUGUAGAACCUUACAUUUGUCCCUACUGAAAUUCAUUUUGUUAGCUUGUGCCCAGUUCUCCAAUCUGUUCAGGUCCUUUUGAAUUCUGAUUUUGUCUUCUGCGGCUUUACCUAUGCUUCCCAGUUUGGUGUCAUCUGCAGAUUUGAUGUGCAUCCCAUCAAUUCCUUUAUCCAAGUUGUUUAUAAAGACGUUGAACAACAAGGUGUGCAGGACAGAACCCUGUGGCUUCCCACUUGUCACCUUUUUCCAGGAUGACAAGGAACCAUUAAUGAGUACCCUUUAGGUUUGGUCCGUCAACCAGUUACAAAUCCACCUAACAGUUAUCUCAUUCAACCCACAUUUUACCAGCUUCCUUGUGAGAAUUUCAUGGGGGACUUUGUCAAAAGCCUUAUUGAAAUCAAGAUACACUAUGCCCACAGCAUUCCCCUGAUCCACCAAGUUUGUAAUUCCAUCAAGAAAAGAAAACAGAUUGGUCUGGCAUGACUUAUUUUUGAGAAACCCAUGCUGGGUCUUUGCAAUCACAGCAUCCUUUUCUACGUAAAUGCUCACAGACCAUCUGUUGGAUUAUCAGGGGUAUUUUGGGGGGGGGGGGCUGUUGCAAUUGUAACAAUGAGCAGAAAUCUCUGUAGUGUUUUUUUUAAAAGGACAAGAUAGAUUUGAACAAUGUGUAGAAUAGCUGUUGGCUAAUUUUGUUCUGACUCAGCCUCUGUUACAUUUAUAUCUGCAUCUAUAGCUGCAUGAUAAUAUACUGCUGGGUGACUUUGUACUCAUUGGAAUUGGGCAAAAGAAUAUGGAUCUUGUGGCCAGAGGCUUGAAGAGUAAAGAGAAGGGAACAAAAAUGCUAUUGUAUGUUUAUCUUUGUGUAAAGAAGCAAACAUUUUUACUCAGAAUUUAUUUGAUAUCUUUUUCAUAAUGCUAAACUCUGAAUUUAAUCUGUUUAGAUUAAAAAUGUAGUAUGCUCUGAAA